UGCAUCCAGUUUAGAAACUUUGCGCACCGGCUCAGGUCCGGCCGUUAGAGAGUGCAUCGAAGGUGCCACAUAGUGGAAGUUCCGUAAAAUGUACGCCACAUGGAAGGGCUUAGUUAUGGUGUUGACGGUUGGUACGGUGGCUGCUGAGCUUCCGAAGCCCUUCCAGUGCGUGAGCCAGAUGGAUAUCAACAGCACCGAGGCGGCACUGAAGAGCGCUCUGUUUUGUGGCACAAGCUACAAUCCGCGCUACCGGCCCGUUAAGUACCAGCAGGAUCGCCUUGCGAUGUACAUCGGAGCGGAAGUGAUCAACGUGGAGCGAGUUCGUAACGAUGAUGCGAAGCUGGAGGUCACAUUGGAACUACUCAUGCAAUGGUACGACGCUUUUUUGCACUGGAACAAACGAUCGAGCCACAACAUCGAGACCAUCAACGUGUCAGAGCACGAUCUCUGGACGCCAACGUUUGCGGCCAAAUCAUUUCAAAAAUCUCCUCGAAUCCAGAGCACACAUACGUGUUCCCGCGUCAAGUGCCAUCUCAGCUACGACGGCGAAGUGAUCUACACCGUCCUUUGUACGUUCGCGGUGGACUGUUACACCGAAGCGCGCUACUGGGCGUUCGAUACAAAGAUAUGCACCCUUCGCAUCUACUCCGCGGAGUACGACACCAACCAGCUGUCGUUGUUCCACUUCCAGCGCCGGCUGUCGUACCCCAGCUACCCGUUGCUGCCAUACAAGAUAACGUCCUUCCAGAUGGCCACUGUUAACAGCACGAUGAGUCCCGAGUUUCGCAUGGACAUCGUGAUCGAGCGGCUGAUCGGUUCGCACCUCGUCGUGUUUCUAAUGCUGAUUGUUGUCCUCAGUCUGUUGAAUCUCGUCAUACCCUGGCUGCGGAUCGAUUCUACCGCUCGGACUAUCACCAUCAUACUGACCACGGUGCUGCAAACGCUCUUCCUGGUGCUACUCUAUUGGUACGGCAUGGUGAAGAUGAAGCCGGUCCUAUCGUUGGCACAUCUUCUACUCGGCACGUUCCUGUUCGGGCUUCUGGUCCUCGCCUGGACCUACUACGUUCGGGCACAGAGCGACGGAUCACACGGUCCCCAUGGAGCACCGCAGCAAGGGUUGGGCCAGUUUGUGAGUGUGCUGCGAAAAAACCGACCACUCGGUGCGUUCCUAGCGAUCGGUUACCUCAACGAAAGCAGCAAGCAGGGAGAACUUUCAAGCGACUGGGAAGAUGGCCAUCACGAGCCCACUCACGCACCGCCGCACGCUGGUGAGGACGAUAGUGACGAACCGGCGGCCAAUGGAGACGGUUGCUACGUAGAGUGGAGUGAAAUAGUGCAACCGUGCGAUCGGAUCCUCUUCUGUGCCAUGCUCACUGCCUAUUUUAUUCUGUUCGGCGUGUAUGCGUUCUAGUGGUUCGCCGCGUGCACUCUGUGUUCAGUGGAUGAGACAUCCAUUUCCCAUGUAGAUUAAAUCGACGAAUAAACGUACGGCAAGAAAAUA